GCAGAGCGCUCUCCGCCCUCCGCCCUCCGCCCUCUCCCUGGGGCUUCCAUAGGCUGCUGCCUUGUUUGCACGCGGGGCCGGCUGGUUUUAGGGCUGGGCUGCAGGGAUGACAAAGCAGAGGCGAGCUGGGCUCAGCCCUCCUCCUCCUCCUCCUCCGGCUGCCCAGCGCUGCUGUUAUGGAAACCAGCCCGGCGUGCCAGAGCAGAUAAUGGGGCAGCCAUGGCCCAGGCCGGCAGCAGCGGCGGCGCAGCCCCCCAGGAGAGGGCGGGGGGCCCGGACCCCUGGGAGCUGUCCUUGGAGGAGGUGCUGAAGUCCUACGAGCAGCCCAUCAAUGAGGAGCAGGCGUGGGCCGUGUGCUACCAGUGCUGCCGGGGGCUGGCGGGCGCGGAGGGGCGCUGGGGGCCGGCGGGCCGGAUCCAGGGCACGGCGGGCAUCCUGCUGCACAAGGACGGGACGGUGACCGCCCGGGGGGAGCAGGGCUCGGCCGAGCUUCCCCUGACCCUGUCACCCUCAAUGGAAGCACAGAUGGUGCAGUCGCUGGGAUUUGCCAUUUACCGGGCGCUGGACUGGGGGCUGGACGAGAGUGAGGAGCGAGAGCUGAGCCCCCAGCUGGAGAAGCUGAUCGACCUCAUGGCCAACAGCGACUCUGACGACAGCGGCUGCGGCAUGGCGGACGAGGGCUACGGGGGGCAGGAUGAAGAGGAGGAGGCUGUGGAGGGGCUCCCCCGAGCCGUGCGCACCUUCGGGCAGGCCAUGAGGAUGUGCGCCGCUCGCCUGACGGCCCCCCAGGAAGCACUGCAACAUUACCAGGCUGUGUGCAGGGCCCUCUUUGUGGAGACGGUGGAGCUGAAGGCUUUUCUCACCAAGAUCCGGGAAGCUAAGGAGAUGCUGAGGAAGCUGAAGGAACAGGAGGAAGAGCUGGAGGAGAGGUCAACGGAUGAGCUCGAUAACCUGCGGAACACAGAUUGGGCCAGGCUGUGGGUGCAGCUGAUGCGGGAGCUACGCGAUGGUGUGAAGCUGAAGAAAGUCCAGGAGAAGCAGUACAACCCCCUUCCCACCGAGUACCAGCUGACGCCCUUUGAAAUGCUGAUGCAGGACAUCCGGGCACGCAACUACAAGCUUCGCAAAGUCAUGGUGGAUGGUGACAUCCCUCCCAGGGUGAAGAAAGAUGCCCACGAACGCAUUCUGGAUUUUAUACGGUCACGGCCGCCACUGAAACAGGCAUCCGAGAGGCGGCUGCGCCCCAUACCCCAGAAGCAGAGGACGCUCCACGAGAAGAUUCUGGAAGAAAUCAAACAAGAGAGAAAACUUCGCCCAGUCGAGAUGCGGCAGCAGGGUCAGAAAGGUUUUGGCUCCCUUCCCUGCAUCCUUAACGCCUGCGCCAGCAACAUGAAGUCAACCUCCUGCAUCAACCUCUCUGUACCUGACUCAAGCACCCCCGCCCAGCGCCUGCGGCCAAGGGUUCUUCUCAAGGCUCCGACACUGGCCGAGAUGGAGGAGAUGAAUAUCUCUGAAGAGGAGGAGUCUCCAAGCGCUGAGAUGGGGAGGGAGCCUGGCUUAGGGCUCCCCCUGAAGCGUGAUCGCUCCUUCUCUGAACAGGACCUGGCCCAGUUCCAGAGUGAGAGGGGCACCAGCCAGCCUGAUUCAGGGUAUCUGGAACCACGGGAGUCUGAGCUAAGACCCCGCUCAGGUAGCAUGAAUACUGCACGGAUCAGCACGGAAACCAAGGGUUCGUUCCCAGACAGUUACCACCAGAUCCCACCCAGCGCUGGUCCGCUCACGUCCGACCGCGGCUCCCUCGGGGCUUUGGCGGAAAGGUCAGAGGGCAGCUCCAGCUCCACCCCAGACAGCAGCUCCAAGCAUCUGUGGCUGGAGUUCAGCCACCCCAUAGACAGCCUGGCUCUGACCGUGGAGGAGAUGAUCGACGUGCGCAGAGUGCUGGUAAAGGCUGAGAUGGAGAAAUUCCUCCAGAGCAAGGAACUCUACAACAGCCUGAAGAAAGGGAAGAUAUGCUGCUGCUGCAGAACAAAGUUCGCUUUGUUUUCUUGGCCCCCAGCCUGUCUCUUCUGCAAGAGAUCCGUCUGCGCCUCCUGCAGCCUGAAGAUUAAGAUGCCUUCGAAGAAGCUUGCUCACAUUCCCGUCUAUGCCCUGGGCUUCGAGAACCACCCCGGAUCUCUGAAUGCCAAAGCUGUGCCGCUGAGGAGGAGAGACGCCCUCUACUCCCUGCACUGGCGGAGGGUGGAAGAGGAGUUCCCCCACAUCUACACCCAUGGCUCCAUCUUGAAGGACAUCUGCAGUGACUGCACCAGCUUCGUGACCGAUGUCAUCAGCUCGAGCCGGAAGAGCAUGGACAUCCUGAAUACCACACCGCGCAAGGGGAGGAAGACGCAAUCCCUCUACAUCCAGCCCACACACAUUGCCAAACACCAGUGAAGGACUCCACUGCCGCCCUGCUGGGCCUGGCCCUGGCAGCUUCACAGGCGCCAGGAGACAGGCUCACAACAACUCCGCAGUUUUAGCACCUUUGCAGAAAUUGGCUCUCCAAUGAGCACACCUCCCAUUGAGCUCGGACUUCCUGGGCAUCACCUGCCACUCUCACCGACAUUCGUGCUCAAGAACCGAACCAAGAUGGCUUCCAGAUGACCCUGCUGCCUAAAAAUUGCCAGCCAUCCUUCCCUGGCGUGCCACAAACACCGCUGCCUGCCCCCAGCCUGACUGCUCGUGCCCCUCUUAGACCUCCAUUGAGAUACCCUGCUAGUGGGGAUGUGUGUAUGUACAUAUAUAAUAUAUAUACAGCUCUAUAUUUAUAGACAUUAGUGACCAGCAAGAUGGCACAUCAGCCAGCGGGACUCACCAGGCUGCGGGUAGUGUCUGACGCCAUGUGUUGCACAGCAGGGACCCCACUAGCUCGGUGUCUCCCCAUGGGAGGGCAGAAGGACCCAAUCGCUUGCUCUGGCUGAGGAUGGGCAGGAUCCAGGACGUGACUUGGAGCCCAGCUUCUCUCAGAUCUGUCGGAGCAGGACCCAGAGUGUUUCAUUCCUUCCCACCUGCGGAGCUGGUACUGCCCAGUUCCUUGGGGUCCCGGAGCAGGCUGGGGCGAUCUGUCUGGAAGGUGGGGACCCUAAACAUGUCGGGGGAGGAACUGUUCAGACCCUUCUGUUUACAUUGCUUCUGAUUCGCCUGGAAGGAAAGGAGUCCUUGGGCUGAGGCUCCUGGGCCAGUGUGUGCUGUGGCUAGCAUAAGGCAACAUGCUGGUUCUGCCACGUGGCCAAACCCCUGCCAUUGGGAUCAGGGACACAGGCUGUAGACCCCCUCCUCUGCCCACCCAGCCCGGCACCUUUCCCCUCCAGCUCGUCCCUUGGUGUCAAGGGCUGCCUGGGCUGGGAGGCCCCCAGGGCUCAAUUCCCACCAAACACAUCUGGCAGAGCUGGGCUGGCUAGAAGCCCUGGCUGGGUCUUAGGCCCUAUGUUUGAGUCCAGGGCAUAGUGCUUGUGAUGGCCUGAGCACCUGUCCUGGGCAGCCAGAGGGGGUGUUGAGCCUUUGAGGUUCAGUGAGGGUGGCACAUGGCCCUGCCCCGAGGAGCAGACUGGGGCCCUCUGCUCCCCGUGGGGAGACCCCCUGCGCAUUACUGAGAGCAGAGGCUUUGCACGGCUCCUUUCUAGCUCAGUCAUUGAGCCGGGAUCAUGGGGAUCUCCAGUGUCUGCCUGUCCCCACUGCUCCCUUCCCUUCGCUGCCCUCCUCCCUGCAACCUCGCUCUGGCUGCCUGUCAGGGCCCCUGUCCCUGGGGUAACAAGGAGUCCGGUGGCACCUGGAAGACUAACAGAUUUAUUGGGGCAUAAGCUGAAGAAGUGGUGCUUUACCCACAAAAGCUUAUGCCCAAAUAAAUCUGUUAGUCUUCCAGGUGCCACCGGACUCCUUGUUGUUUUUGUGGGUACAGACUAACACGGCUCCCCCCGAUACUUGUCCCUGGGGUGCCGCCCACCUGCUGUGCCACUGGCCGUGAAGCCGGCGCUGGCCGUAUUUAGUCAGACACUCGGCUGUGAGUAUAUAUUUCUCUCUGUGCCGCAAGGCUGCGCGUGGCACCGGGGCCUUUCCCCAAGGGGCUCGCUCCGGGAAGGGCUGGGCUGUUUGUCCUGUUCCCAGUGCGGGUGGCUGUGCCGUGCCGGUGAGUGACCCCGUGCAGCAGCAGGGGAGAGCAGCUGCAGGCAGCCAGGGCAAGGCUGGCCGUGUGGUCAUGCAGAGCCCACAGGGCUGCUGCUUGCUUCGAAUGAAACCGGCCAUGCCCCUGCUGCCUGUGAAGCAUCCCCAGCCCCCGCCAGCGCUCUGCACUUACCGGUAAUAAUAGGGAGCAGGGCUCUGCAGCAGCCCAGGGAGCCAGGCCAGCGCCGUCCCCAAGCACAGGGGCGAAGACAGAACAGACGCACAGAGAAGGGAGGUGUCUUGCCCAGGCCACCCCGAGCACAGUCCAGUACCAACAGCCCGAGCGUAACGGAGCUCAGCAUGCUCUGCCGCUGCUCCUUGUUACAGGUGCUGGCGUGAGCUGGGGGCGGUAAGCUAGCCGGGCCGCACUGCACUGUCCCUAAAGACUGGCUCCAGCCCCUCUGGGGGUGCAUUAGCCAAAAGCCUAGCAUGCUAAAUCUCACAUGCCCCCGCCCCCUGGAUCAUCUCUGGGGGAGUAGCCAGCUGGCAGGGCUGUCGUGGUAGUAAAGUCUCACCAUUGGCCUUUCUCCAUCCCGGGAAGAGCCCAGCUGGCCGCCGCUCUCUGAGUAAGGAGCCCAGCGAUGAGGAGCAAAGGUUCCUGCCCAGCCUGCUUCACUGGAGGUAGAGGAGAUUGCCAAAGACUCUGCCAGCCCCACUCCUCUGGCUCCAGGCAUCUCCUGGCCUUUCCAAGGCUGAUUUGGGUUACGUGGUCUGGGCCCUGAACCAGACUAGUCACAGAACAAAAGGGAAGCCCUUGAGAAAGGCCUGACCAGUCACAGGUCCAUGCUCUCUCCCAUCUUAGUGCACCCAGAUGUGGCUCAACAUCCCCCCGGCCAAGAAGCAAGUGCCUGGAGCCCCGAGGAGUCCAGCUGGCCUUCUCUAAGCUUCAUCGUCUGCUGCUUCACCACCGAGGCCUGCACUGAGGAGGCCUGGCUGGGUCACCAGCCACGGCUGCUGUUUAAAUGUGCUCACAGAAUGUAUUUGUCUAGAGCAUCCUUUGUACAAAGUAGCCUGGCUUAUGGAGGUCUGAGGGACACCAUGCCCUCCUCCCUGCCCAGGGCCAAGAGAGGCAUGGGGACCUGGGGCAAACAAAAUCAUGCUCCUGUAGCAGGGUUCCUCAGAGAGCGGGUGUCCAGUGUACUGGGCACACCGUCUCCCCACAGACUGUGCCUGCCCAGAUGCUGUGGUCCAGGUAAAGCACCCAAGCCGUGUAACUAAAGGGACUAUUCCACAAUGUGCCACUAGCCCUUUGUGUACCGCCCCUUGGGUGUGUGUUGUGUCCUGUGACACAGGGUAAUACAAACUACACAUGCCCAACGUGCCCAAACAAGUCCAGGGGCGGGACCUGAUUUUCAGUAGCUCAGAAACCCCGGGCCCAGGCCACCAGUGCCUACUUUGCACUUUCACAGUCUGACUACAUGGACAGAUUGGGUUUCGUGCCUGCAGGUGGCCAGUUAGACAUUCAGGCCUUGUCCACACUAGAAAAGGUUUGCUGGUUAUACUGGCAAACCCUUCUGGUGGGGAUGCAGCUGAAAUGAGUGCUUUGGUAGUAUAGUUUAUACCAGUUCCCCAAACCAAAUAGCUGUGCUGGCCAAAAGCCCCCUUUUGCUGCUAUGACGGUCUCUACACUGGGGCGUUAGCCAGCCUAGCGAUGUUAGGUAGGAGAGUGAAUUUUCACACUCCUAACCAACAUAGCUGCCGCAAAACUUUGCAACGUAGAUCAGGCUUCAGACAGGCAACUGGCUCGUGCUCAUAAAUCAAGUAAAUAAUUGCCAGUGGAUCUCUGCAUGCAGCAUGAAGUGACUGAGCUUUGGCAAACCAGGCCUGGAUGGGAACUGGCAGCAUUUGGGGGAAGGUGCAUCUUCCCUGGGAAACUGCAUAACGUGUGAAGGGGAAACAAGGGGGAAUGCUCCUGCAGACUCCACGACCUAGCAGCCCCUCUCCACACUGAAGAUGCCAUCCUGGCAAAAACCCAUGGUCCUCCGCUGCCCAUGGGCGCUGGUUUGUGAGGUUAGCCUGCAUUGGUGCCGCCCUGCUCGCUUCUCCCUGGUUUGACUCAACCACCUUUUGCUAACACAUAAGAACGACAAUGCACAAACGCAUCCUCCUGCGCGUGUCAGGGUUGACAGGUGCGCGUGAAUGGGGGUGACCCUGCCCGCAUGUCCUGCCCAUGGCUGAGCCAUCGGCCAAUGUUUUGUACACAGCCCAUCCUGUACAGAAGAAAUGUAUAUUGUAAAUAACGUGCACCUGGACCGGCAUGGUUGCUCUUGUACAUACGGUUGCUCCCAUACUAAUAAAUCCCUAUUUUGAGCUGCA